GACACUAGCAGAUGCCAGAUUUGUCAGAAGAAUCAGUUUGUGUGCAACCAUCACUUCUCUUUAGUUUUGUCCUGUUUAUUUUUUAUUUAGUAUUUUUGUUGUGUUUUUUUUGAGAUUGUAGUUUAAAAUCCGUGAAUUAAAAGUGACAUUAAAAAACAUUAUGUGUGAACCUUUUAAAAUAAUUUGCCGGAAAAAAUACAUUUUUCUGUAUUUCCAACACAGGUUUUGUUAUACCAAUGAAUAUGGACACGAAUUUACCAAAGAUUUCUAAUGUCAUUUCACUAAAGACUGGGGAGACAUUUGAGAACCCCAUGAAUAAUAUAAAAAAUGAGCUAGUACCAGUGAACUCGGAACCGAUCGCAAUGAAGCAUGAAGAAAUUGCAACCAAGAACAAUACUGAGAGUUAUAUUAGAUUAAAAUCCAAGAAUGUUUCUAGAGUUCCUGUUGAAAAUGCUAAAAAGUGUAUUAGACUGAAAUAUGUUAGUUAUUUAAAACAAAGCAACCAUCAAAACAAACAAAAAUCAUCCACACUUAUUGCAGGUUCAACUAAAAAUACAUCAGUCAGGAAAAUUGUUACUAAAAAACAUAUGAUUAAUUCUAAACAAACAAAACCAGUAAGAAACAUUCAAACUUCCAGGCAAAGAUUGUUACAUUUGUCAUCUUCACAAGCAGAACUUUCUUCCUAUACAUCCUAUUCUAAUAAUACAAAAAGAAGUUUUACACACACAGAACCUGAGGAAAAUGGUUUCGAACCAAACUUUGAGCCAUAUUAUAAGGAGUUUGAUAAGCAAUUUAAGCAGAAACCCAUGUUGCAAACCAUAUUAAAAGAUAUCCUGAUGUUACAUGAGGAGUAUGAUAAUUUGGAAAAUCAGUCGGUGGAAGAUGAAAUUAAUCAGAUGAGAACUAAGCAUGGAUUGCCACUGUUUGAACCUGAGAUUUUUAACCCAGAGAUCGAAACUCCAGACAAUGAUGACAUUAACGAAGAUGACAACUUUAUACUGAUCUCUGAUGAUGAUUUUGAAGAGGAAGAUAGCACUGACAACAGCAAUCAAUCCACCUAUGUAGUGCGGAGUAACGUUUCGCACUAUGAAGAGCAGUCCACAGAAAAAUUGAAUGUGAUCACCAUUGAUGAAGAUGACCCAAGUGAAAUCUCAGAAAAUUCAUGUCAAAGUAAUAGUAGUGAUAAAGAGAUGCAGAUUGUUGAUAAAAUUAAUGAGGAUCCAGUUUAUAAGACGAAAGUUAUAAAAAUGAGGUUUGUGACUUGAAAGUGUGUAAAAAUACAAAGCUAAAUUGGGUAUGUACAAUAACAUUUUUCUUUUAAAAAAAACCGUUUUUUAUUUAAAGUUAGAUAAUUUGUGAAUAUUGUUAGUGUGUAGAAUAAUUUUUAAAAAUAGAUUUUAUUUCAAUUUGAUUUGUCGAAAUAAAAACCUUUAAUGGAA